AUGUCAGAAUCAGUGCCAAAAAGCCAUGAAUUGAGCAAAGCUAAGGCUUCAUCAGUAGGCAGCACAAUGAUGACAAGGCCACAGAUCCACUGGCUUGAGAACAUUUUUAUGGGCACUUUUCUUUGGCAUGAGCAGUUCGAUCAGCUCUGCUGCUACCUACAACCUCAGGGAACUCCAAACAAAUACACACUGAAGACUCUUUGUGAAUAUGAGAUGGGCAAUGUGACCAUUGACUUGACAUCAGACUACCCAGACUUCCCUGCUCCUCUGCCAAUACUGCUUGCAAUUCACCAGUCUUGUGCCAUUGUCACUCACUGGGCUGGUGUGGCAAAGUACAUGGAUUUGCAUCCUGAGGAAGAUGAUGAGGACCAUGCAGUGCUGAGUGGAAUCAAGCAUGAAUCUCUGGAGGAUAGCUUGAAUUCAUAUGAGGGAUAUGUUACCAUCUUGACUGCUGCAGCACUCUCGAAAGCCAGUCCCAGCGGGUUGUUAUGUAGCCAUCAGCAGCAUUGUAGCAAGUGGGCAAAGGACAAUACAUUUACAAAACAAUUCUGUCCAGCCAAUGGCCCAGGUGACACUGCCCCGGUGUUAAUUGGCCAAUAUACUGCUGCCAGCCAGAGCAGGUAA